AUGUUGGGGGCAUGUCUUAGUCUAGUUUUGCUCUUCCCCUUGGCCUGCUCUGUCCCUUCUUCCUCCAGACCCCCUUCCAGACUGUGCAGGCGGUGCUGCGACCACAUGGAGCCCCCGGCAGCCAGCGUCCACUACAAGACGCCCGAGGUCCACACCGUCAUCAACAUGACAAUCCUCAAAGGUGAUAAAGGAGACCGAGGGGACAAAGGGACACCUGGCAAGCCUGGUAUCGAGGGGUCCUCUGGCAACCGAGGACCCAUGGGGCCAAAGGGAAGCAAGGGCGAGACAGGAGCCCCAGGGGACGCCUGCAAGAUUCCCCACUCCUCCUUCUCGGUGGGACGCCGCAAGUCCCUGCACAGCGUGGACUACUACCAGGCACUGGUGUUCGACACGGUCUUUGUCAACCUCUACGAGCACUUCAACAUGUUCAAGGGCAAGUUCUACUGCUACGUGCCAGGCGUCUACUUCUUCAACGUCAACAUCCACACUUGGAACUUCAAGGAAACCUACCUCCAUCUGAUGCACAACGACAAGGAGCAGGUGAUCCUGUACGCACAGCCCAGCGAGAGGUCCAUCAUGCAGAGCCAGAGUGUCAUGCUGGACCUGGCUCUCAACGACGAGGUGUGGGUCCGACUCUACAAGAGGGAGAGGGAGAAUGCCGUGUACAGCGACGACGUGGACGUCUACAUCACCUUCAACGGAUACCUGGUGGCGCCCAGUCUGCACUGACUGGUUGGUGGUGGUUGGGGAGGGGCGGUGGUGAAAGGACUAUGGCUCCUCCGAAGGUUUUCUGCCAUAUUUUUCAUGUGUUUCCCAGCAACUUUCAAAAUUCAAUUCACAACCCGAUAGGGCUGGCGGAAAUGCCCGACUUUUCAGAUACCCACUCGGCAGGUUAGUAUUCCAAAUAUGUUCAGUAUUUAGAUGAUGCUUCUUGGUGCUUUUUUGUUUUGUUUCUUCACAGCCAUGUCAGGAGAUUUUACGUACAAUAAUCCUGCGGCGUAGCCUUAGACGACAACCAAAUGAGUCCUUCUGAAAACAGUUUUCAUUUUAUGGAAAACGAGAAAAGCAGCAUACUGAAAUUAAGAAAACGACUACUGCAGAGUUUUUAAAUGCGCCUUCGUGCAACAGGGGAUCUGGUGGGGAGAGAAAUUUGGGUACGACACCUGGUCUAGUUUUUUUUUUUUACUAACCUGCUAGCAUAUGUAGCUAGCUCACCAGCAUUGAUGACAUUGAUUAAUUUAGCAUUACUGUCAAAAUAUAUAAACAAAGGUGAAGCUAUCCAUGCAAAUAUAAAGUGCCAAGUGUGUGUGUCACUUUGCUUGUGAUUUCCUCGCUCAGAAACAACAAGGGCUGUGUACCUGUCCUGUCAACUAUCAGUUCAUCUGUACUGUCAUCCACACGCAAGUGUAAAGGGAACAAAUGACUGCUGUGGUGCAUUAAUUAUUAAUUACCUGUCUGAGGCCUUGGUUUGUUGUUUAUUGUCUAAUUAAUGCAGAAUGAAUAUUUGGAUAUUUGUUCGGAAAUUGUGUCGAAUAUCUGAAACUUGUGCUUUUUUUUUGUUGGAUAAAUCCCAGGUUUUGGCAUCAACAUAUAACGUCCUGGGGGAAAAAAUCUCCAGGACAAGCAUUUCUUGUAUUUUUUUUAUUAUUUUUUUAGUUUUCUAUUCAGUUGUUACUUCAAAUAAGUGAAAUUGAGUUGGAAACUGGUAAAUCAGAGUCCAUCGUGUGCACGCAGGUGUGAGUCGUCGUCUCCCUUUUUCUUGCCUGGUUGCAGACCAAGUGGACCAUAUAAAGGGCAUGUGCGUCGCUCAGGUUAAAGAGGGAGCAUGACCGAUUGUUCAAAACGAGGAGAGAAGGAAGAGGAGGAUCAUUGGGUUGGACUGCUUGGUCAUGGCUGCCGUGCAGGCUGACUGCACCGUGGAAGCGGAGAGGACUUGGAGGACGAUGGACGUUUAGUUGUGAGAGGGGAGGAGACUGUGCCCUUGUUCAAUGAGGACUACUCAGUGUCAACAUAUCAAACUCUGAUUUACCAGUGGCGGCUGGUGUUAACAAUUUCGGGGGGGUGGGGGGGUGGAUUUUAUCAUAUAGGCCACAUUGUCUUUCUUGAUAACUCUGUGACUGUGUGGACAUUAAAGCAGCUGUCAGGUGUACUGUGCCAAGGUAAAUUGUGCCACCCCCCCCCCCCAAAAAAUUGUUUGCACCAGCCAUGCAUGACUGGUAGUAAAAGAGGGGGACAAAAGUACUGUAACACACCCAGUUAGACAACAGAACAAAUUUUUAAAAAAAAUGCUUCGUUUGAGUUACAGUAAUUUAUCAGUGGUGCAAUGUGCAAAUUAGUAUUAUCAAGCUAGGUUCAUUUUUUUCUUUUUCUUUUUUUUUCGGGUUAGUUUAAGGAUGAGCUACCUCUUCCUCCUCCUCUUUUUCCUGCAGAGACGUUUUGUAAAAGCCACAAGUCAUUUCAGGAAUCAUAAAGCAACACAAUGUAUUUAUAAUUUGUGUUCUAGAGACUUAUACAAGGUGCAUUUCCAAGUGCAAUUUGGACACACUGCUGACUGACACACGAGCAGCCGAGCUGUGUGCCUUCACGUAAUGCACCCCAGCGUGAACACAUCCCAAACAUAUCAAAGUGAAAGGUGCUCUAACAUUAAUGAAAGACGACAUUAUUAUGCGAGAUUAUACCCGUGGAGACUUAAACUGCAGAGCAGUUGGAUUUAUGUAUAUAGUUGUAUAGUGAUUUGUAUAGCUUCAUGUUGUGCUACAACUCAUGCUAUUUUGCUGGAUUGUUUUGUUUUUGUUGUUUUCUACCCAUGAAUGUGGACUUUAUGCCACUCUGUAACCAAGUUUUUCUUCAUUCUGUAUCAAGGAGCUACAAAUGCACACGUGAUUGCAAAAUUAAAAAAUGUUUUCACUCCAAA